CCUACAAUAAGAUACCUUUCUCAUCUGUGGCUUGUAGGCUACGUUAGUGUGUUUGCGUGUGUCCGGGGUCUUUACACACACAUGAAGCAGGUAAAGCCAAUAAGCAGGGAGGAGAAGAGGGGAUAGCAAGUGGAAGUGCUCACUAAGAGGAUUACCACUGUCGUUAGUCACCCGUUGGGUCUUGUCAACGGAUGCCCGGUUCGCCGGUUGGAAAACAACGCACCGGGACGCCAUGCCAUACUCGACCUGGUGCGAGUCGGAGGGCGUUUUGAACCUGUGGUGUAUAUGUAGAUUAACUGUGGCAUUGCAAGAUGGUCCAUGGUAGUUUUUACCUGUUGGCAGCACACAGGAAUCCGUCACCGGGAUUGCAUCUGCAACGAAGAGCGGUUUCCUGAAUGAGGGGGUUGGUUGACAGGCUGUUUCUGACAUGAAGACCCGGCCUGCAGGGAUCGGCAAUGUCAAUGCCGACUGGAUGGGUUCGCUCCCCUCCAAGCUCAGCGCCAUGCCCCUCAAACACCUCGCCGUGCCAGGGUCUCAUGAUUCUUUUACCUUCUGGGUGGAUGUGCAUGCUCCUGUUGGACCCGACCAGAAGGCAUAUGUGAAGUACCUCGCCACCAUGUUCAGCGUCUUAGCCAAGAAAGUCAUGGUGAAGUGGUCCAUGACCCAGAAUCUGACAUUUAAAGAGCAGCUGGAUGCAGGAAUACGCUACUUUGAUCUCCGGGUCUCCUCCAAACCAGGCGAGUCUGGAAAUGAGAUUUACUUUAUCCAUGGCCUGUUUGGCCACAAGGUGAGCGAUGGCUUGUUAGAAAUCAACUCCUUCUUAAGCAGACACAGGAAAGAGAUAGUGUUUCUAGACUUUAACCACUACUAUGCAAUGGAUCUAGAGCAUCAUGUGUACCUCAUCAGCAUGCUCCAGGAAGUGUUUGGCAGCAAGCUUUGCAACAACUGUGCAGUGGAGGGCAUCACUCUGGACUACCUCUGGCAGAAGAAAUACCAGGUGAUUGUGUUCUACCAUCAUCCAUCAGCUCAGGACAUCCCUGCCAUGUGGCCUGGCAACAAGAUCCCUGCUCCCUGGGCGAACACCACCGAACCCAAAAAGCUCACACAGUUCCUGGAAACUACACUGAGGGAAAGAGCCAAGGAGGGCUCCUUCCACGUGUCUCAGGCCAUCCUCACACCCAGGGUUAACACCGUGGCCAAGGGCCUGGUCUGGGGGCUGCGCAACUACCUGGUGGAGAGAAACCUGCCGACCAUCAUGUCCUGGGUUGAGGCUCAGAGGCCGGGGAAGGACGGGGUCAACAUCAUCACCUCUGACUUUGUGGAGCUCACUGACUUUGCCAACAUUGUCAUCAAACUCAACAACCUGCUGUUGUCUGAACAGGACCGCAAACAAAGAUGACACACGUUUGCACAACAGGCCAAAUGUGUGCUGACCCGCGGUGUGGUGCAAGUCGGAGGGCAGAUUCUUCCACCACUGUUAGAUAAUAGUUCUUACAUAACGCCAGAGUCCCUAUGAAGUUAGUUUUAAUAAUAAUGUAUUAUAUUGCGUUAGUGACUUCAACAAGGAUGGUUUAUCAUUAGCAAGAAAUUAGCUAUUUCUUUAGCUGACAGUUUCAUUGUCUUGCUGAAGGACUAUUAAAUCAGUAAAGUGAUACUGUAAGAGCCCAAUUAAUGGCCCUUGAAUAACAUCAAAUCUUUUGAACCAUUUUGAAAGUCACAGUUUUUGUUGCAGCUGGCUCUCUCAGCCCCAAUAUAAUGCACCAAAUUCAAGUCCAAAAAAAGGGGAGGAAGCUGGAGUUUUACCACCAUCAAAAGGUCGACCAAACCUGUCAUACCACCGCUUUGGCUUCAGUUCUUGAUUAAAAUAGCUAUAUUCCCUUUUGGUGGAAAAACUGGAAAUAUACCACAUUGUAGUGUCUAAUGGCCAUGCAGCACAUGGUCACCAUGCAGAAACAGACUCACAGCUACCUGUGACCUGGACAAUGAUUAUAUGAAUGAAGGAUUUCAACAUGGUUUCAACAUCUCAAAUAUUAUGCUGUGUUCACACUAAAUGCAAAGCGAAUUUACGCCUUGCGUUACUGGCGCGAGUUUGACCAUUGGAUUAUUUGUGUGUAUUCCAAUUAUUCAUGCAAAACGUGCCAAAGAGAAGGAAGAGCUCCAUAUAGAGAUACCAACAAUGUUGCUGUUCACCAUUUCUUUCCGACAUCAGCCAUGGCCAAAAUAACCACUAUUGCUGCUUUGCAAGCCCACCUGUUGUUGAAGUCCCAGAUACAUCGGAAAUCCAAACGCUGUCACUUCUUGGUUCAUACCUUCUGAGCUGGGGUGCAAGGAGAGGGCAUCAAAAAUUCAAACGGUCACAAGCAACCGGUGAGGCACAGCGGAUGCAAGUUUAUACGAUUUGGUCGCGUAUAGUGGGCAUGCACCGUAAUUUAUAGCGCAAAUUUGCAUUUAAUCGCAUCUUUGCAUUCACUUUGUAGGCUAUGUAAUUCACUUUGUGUUUGGUGUGAACAGAAUUACUAUAGUUGUCCUUUUUUAUUUUUAUUUUUAUUAUGGUGAAAGCCAAGAUCCUAUAUUGCAUAAUUUUUUUGCUUUUUGAAAUACUGUAUUUAGGUGUUUAAGGUAUCGUCUGCAUCAGAACAUAAAGUAUUGAAUUGAAAAGCGAUUGAGACAAAUAUUUAAUGAUACUUUUACUGUAAUACAUCCAGCAUUAUGUUAAAUAAUUGCCAACGAAAAUGUUUGACAUGAUUGCAGUGGAAUUUGUUGAGAUGGCAUUAAUAAUUCACUUGGCCAGUGAUCUAAAGUUGGGUUUUUAACUAUGCACUAUGGAAAAUACAGGCUGCAUUUUAGUGACUAUUUUGUUUGUAUGUUAAAAACUGCCAUGACACUUUGCUAACUCUGUCUCAGUACAUAUCGCUGGGCUGUAAAGUUUAGCACCUUUAGGGGGGAACUGCAGAGGGAAAGCCAUAUAUGUGUGAAACGUGUGCCACAAUGCUCAUAAAAUGCAUCAACCAAUGCAUAUACACAGCUAUAAAUGUUUAUGAUUAUAGUAUUUUUGCUCAGUAUUUUUUUCACUUUUUUUUUUUCUUUUUUCACUAGGUAAAUGCAUAGAAGAGCUUUUACAGCAUAUGUUAGGUCUGCAUCGGACUCCAUAAAACUGACCUUGUAUACUACAUAUGGAAAUAGCAAGGGGGAAAAAAUGGCUGGCCAACAUAUUGUAGGAUGAAAUUUUUCGUGUGUGCGUGUGUGCGUGCGUGUGUGUGUGCGCUUCGUGGGCCCAGUGAUUACUAUGCAUGAUAUGGACAGUACUGCAGUGACAGUCAUCCUGCAUUCCUGUGGUUAGAGUAGGGAAUGAGAGGAGGAGAGAGAUACUGCAGAAGAAGACGCAACGUGAUUUACAAAGCAGAGAAGAAAGUAAGAAAAAGUUCAGCUGGAAUCAUAGGAAAAUGGAGAACGCAGAGAGAGGUAUCUGAACCGCUUUUUUUUGUUUUUCCUUGAGCAGCAGCAGCAACAUCUAACAGGAAAGUCAAAUGUUUUCUUUUCAUAUCAACUCUCCCCUUCUUUUUUGUCACUCCCUGACUCUCUUGUGUGAAAUUGUCUGUUCUGUCCAGGCCACAUUGUUGACAUGGUUGAGUGUGGUCAGCAAGCGCCGCAGGGCUCACACACACCAACACACACAGUCACAUGCUGCAGGCACUUUAAUUGUGGAGUAAUUACACAUACCACAGCAGGCAAGUGGGAGAGCGGAGAGCAGCAGCUCCAACUGAUGGAGAGCAUUCCUUUGUUGUUUGGAUUGUUGGUCUUCUUUGGUCCCCCCCCCACCCCCUCCCUCCCUCUCUCUCUCUCUUUCUACUCUGUAUCCCUGCUGGAUUCCAAGGUUUCAAAGGAGUAGAGGACGACGACUCAAGAUCAUCCAGGUGUUAAUAAAGUUCAAAGUGAUACUGCA